AUGGGGAAGGGGAAUAGGGAGGAGGUGGGGGGAGGGGGGGAAGGGGAAUGGGGAGGAGGUGAGGGGAAUGGGGAAGGGGGAUGGGGAGGAGGAGAAUGGGGAAAGGGGGAUGGGAGGACGUGGGGGGGGAAGGGAAGGGGGAUGGGAAGGAGGCGAGGAGAAUGGGGAGGAGGAUGGGGAGGGUAUGGGGAGGAGGUGGGGGAAUGGGGAAUGGGGAUGGGAAGGAUGAUAAUGGGGAAGGGGACAUGGGGAGGAGGUAGGGGGGAAUGGGGAAGAGGAAAAGGGGGAUGGGGAGGAGGUGGGGAGGGGAAUGGGAAGAGGUAUUGGGAGGAGGUGGGAGGAAUGGGGAAGGGGGAUAUGGAGGAAGAGAAUGGAGAAGGGGGAUGGGGAGGAGGUGGAGGAGGAGAAUGGGAAGGGGGAUGGGGAGGAGGUGGGGGAAUGGGGAAGGGGGAUGGGGAGGAGGAGAAUGAGGAAGGGAGUGGGGAGGAGGUAGGGGGAAUGCUGAAGGGGGGAUGGGGAGGAGGUGGUGGGAAUGGGAAAGGGGGGUGGGGAGGAGGUAGGGGGAAUGGGGAAGGGGGAGGAGGUGGGGGGAGGGGAAUGGGAAGGGGUAUGGGGAGGAGGUGGUGGGAAUGGGGAAGGGGGAUGGGGAGGAGGAGAAUGGUGAAGGGGGAGGGGAGGAGGUGGGGGAGGGGAACGGGAAGGGGUAUGGGGAGGAGGCGAGGAGAAUGGGGAGGAGGAUGGGGAGGGUAUGGGGAGGAGGUGGGGAAUGGGGAAUGGGGAUGGGAAGGAUGA